AUCAGAAACAAAGGAUGUGGUGAAGCUGGAGCCACGUUUGAGGUGUGAGCAAUAACUCUGUUACGGAAGAAGAAAGUGAGAGUGAAAAUGCUGCUGCAAACUCAAUUCCUCUCUUGUUGGGUUCAACACUUGUCUCCCGGGCAAACCCAAGGCAGAUUGUUCUUGAGAAUCAAUAUCAAAUCAGAAAAGGCUUCUUCAGAUGAUUCUGGUCCCUCAAAAACCGGGGUGGGGUUUGGAUCAUCGGACACAGCUGCUGUGCCUGUGAGCAGUAAAAAGAAAAAGAAGGCGCAAAGAGAAAGGGCGUCCAUAAUUCGGCGAAGCCCGCUUGAAAAACCUGCAUUUGUUUCUGAACAACAAGUGGGUAAGGCCAAGGAAGAGAACAAAAAUGAAAGCGCUUUUCUUCUUGCCUGGCUCGGUUUCGGCGUUGUGAUUCUCGUUGAGGGCAUUGCUCUUGCUGCAUCCGGCUUCCUACCAGAACAAUGGGACCAGUUUUUUGUCAAGUUUCUCUAUCCAUCCUUUACCCCUACAGUUUUCUUGUUUGUUGCCGGAGCAGUUGCAUAUGGAGUGUUUAAGUAUUUGCAGAAUGAAAAAAUCACAGAGCAGAAAUAAUGUCACAGGUAUAAUAUAAAAAAACCUGAUGCUCUACGUACAAGUGGCAGUGACUGCAAUCAUACUCUGGCUUCAGUUUCAUUCUAUUCCCCCUUGAUAUCGGAAUGAAAGAUGACAAGAAAGCUAUGUGAACUCUGGAAAACCCCUUUAAGAACCAUUUCUAUUGGAUCCCUGAUGACAACACAACUUGGCAUUAUAUGGCCAAGUAAUAGAGAUUCCUUGUAAUUAAGUGUCCUUUUAGCUAUGAAUCUUACUCUACCUUGGUGAUAUUUGAAUUUGAACAUUUCUCAUGUAGGUUUCCUCGUAAAACACUAGUACAUCGUGCUUUACAUCAAUUUUCCCCCUGGUUAUUGGAAUUUGUCCUUAAAAAGUUGGUUUGUUUUGGACCUUGGUAGUUACAGUCAUAUAUACUGGACCUUGAACUUCUCCAUCCAGUUAAA